CAACCACAGCACCUCUAGCACAUAUUCCAUCCACCGAUUCCUUCCAGGACUGCACCAGAGCUGGCAGCUGCUGGCACUGACAACCAUGAAGUAGCAUUAAUAGCAAAAAGGAUCUGGUGUAGGUGGCCUGGACAGAACCUCUAAGAAGCCCUUGGAGAGCACCUGGAGAAACCUGCAUUGAUGACCUGGAGAAAGUAUCUGUGGAUAAAGCCUCCAGGAGCUUGGACAACCACCCAGAGAAGAGAUUUCCCUGACAGAAGACCACAGACUUUCCACCACUUGGGACCCCAAAAGAAGAAACCAGCCCUGUCCAACUAGCAAGUACCCCCAGAAGCCAGUCCCUCCCUUCUGCACACCCUGGCUCCAUGGAGAAGGAGGAAAUUGUGCUCUCUCUUGACACUAACACCAGUGAGUGUAGUGAUGGGGCUAACCAGACAGGCUCCCCACAUUGCUGGCCAGGAGUGACUGGAGGUGGCCCAGAGGUGGUGAUUGUUCCUGUUCUCUUUGGUGUGAUAUUUCUGUUAGGCAUGGUAGGAAACACCUUGGUCCUGGUAGUGCUGGGACACAUCCGGACCAGGGGACGCCCUUCACGGAGUGCCACCAACAUCUUCAUUCUCAACCUGAGCAUUGCGGACUUCUCAUUCCUGCUCUUCUGUGUCCCCUUCCAAGCCACAAUCUACUCCCUACCUGAGUGGGUCUUCGGUGCCUUCUUUUGUAAGUGGGUUCACUACCUGGCCAUGACCACCAUGCUGGUCAGCAUCUUCACUCUGGUAGCCAUGUCUGUGGACAGGUACAUUGCUGUGGUGCACGCAAAGCGCUCCCUCUGCAUCCGCAGCAAGCGCAAUGCUGUCAUGGGUGUCGGAGUCAUCUGGCUGCUGUCGCUGCUCAUUGCCAUCCCUGUUGCCCAGCACCAGGCCCUCAUGAGUGGCCAUGAGAAGGCACCCAACAGCUCUUUCUGCUGGGAACACUGGUCUGAUGGUUCAGCUGCUAAGCAGACCUACAAGGUUGCCAUCCUGGUGGUGGGGUACCUACUGCCCCUGGUGCUCAUCACCUGCUGUUAUGCCAAGGUUUUAUAUCAUCUUCAUACAAAAGUAAAAAACAUUUCUAAGAAAUCGGAGAGAUCAAAGAAAAAGAAAUCUCCCACCUACAGGGGCCAAUACCAGAUACACAACUUUGUGAGGAGACAGCGGAGCAAGGAGUUUGGAGUACAGCGAGUUGUAGACAAGCCAUAA